AUGGAAAAAAUUUACGUUCAAACUGUAUCGGGUGUUGAAAGCAAGUAUUACCAAUAUGGAAGAGAUAUUCUUAAAGAAAGUGUUUUAAACCAGCUAUCUUCUCUACCAGCUGAUGAACAUUCUAUAGCCAUAGUCGAUGCUCUAGAUGUCUUUGGAGCACUGAAGACAUAUUCUGAGAGUUUGCAAUCCACAUCAACCGAGUUUCUUUUUGAGGAAUUUGACCAAAAUGAAAGGCUGUGUCUUUUAUGCACCUUACCAUUCACACCCGAUAUUUCAUACAAUGGUAUUGACAUUAUCCAGCAGAAAAUCCAAAAGUAUAAGUUGAAAACUAUGAACUCUGUUGUGGACUUUUUUCUUCUUAUACCGCCAGAUUCCGAAUUCAAUUGGGGGGUUUUUCAUUUUAAAUACGACCCUCAUGAAUUAAAUUUGAAGGCUUUUUUUUAUUCUAUUGAUCAUUCACCCCAAGAGUAUGGCCAAAAAUAUACUUUUGGCUCUGAUAUUCUCUCCAGCUUUUUUUCUGUUCAUCAUGAUUUAAUUUCGUUCAUAUAUCGAGAAAUAGGAAUCAUGGUAACUGAUAUUUUUCAAGAGGAGUUUACAUUAAAAAGUUUGAAAAAUGGUAUUUUGUUGCCUGACGAUGCUCCCCUGAAAUUUUAUUCUGGCGCCCUUGUACCUUUCAACAUUGCCAGAAUACUGGAUGGUUCUCUUGACUUUGUAUCUCAAGAUUUGAACAAAGCCCUUGUGUUUAUUAUACUCUCCAAGGAGUAUAGACAAAAAAAAUUUCUUUCAAAUACUAGCCUGCUUAAAUCAAUAGACUCUACUAAUAAUGAAUCAGAGUUUGACGAUAUGACAGCACAUAGAAACCGAGUUCAAAUGAACACAGUUUUUUCUCCAUAUUUCUGUGAAGUAUUUUCACAUUUGUUGGAAUCUUUGGCAAUCACAGAACUUCUUUUCCAAACUUUUUUGACCAACGCCAAAAAUGAAACUGUGUCAUCCGGCAACUUUCAAGGGCGCAUCAAUUUUGCUUUAGAACACCCUGAUUUCAAAUCAAAUUUCUCAAAUAUUCGCAAUUUCUAUGAAAAAUAUCACAUGAAUUCAGAAAUAAUUGAAAAGGUUUUGAUUGAUUUUGAAAAAAUUACUUCCUUAUCCAAAAUUAAAUUUUCUUCUAUAAUCUACUCUAAAGGACAAUAUUUUUUCACUAAUGCACAAUUUAAUCACAUUGUCAAGUCUGUUUCUUUUAAAAAUCGAUUUAAAUUAUCAUUUUCACAUCUAUUUUUAAGUUCUAUUCUUAAUACUGACGACAUUUCUCAAGUCACACCAUCGUUUUUGGUCAAGUCGUUGAUUCUUGUUAUUCGUGACCUUUUUAUUUCUUCAAAAUUUAUUUCCGAAAAGGGCAUUACUGGGAUACUUGGCACCACGUCAAAUCGAGAUAUUUUGGGUCUUUUGGAACUUGGCGUGGCUCUAAACUUGUCUCAUAUCCUGAACUAUUUUCAAAAAAUUAGUUUUGACAGAAGGUAUCAAAUCAAGGUUGCGACUGAUAAUUCUAAGGUUCUUUUUCCUGUUGGAACCAAAUAUUUAGCUCAAAGCAAUCGAGCAAUAUUUAGUCCUUAUGAAUACAUUACGCUGAUCCGCCUUAGUAUUGAUAAUGUUUCUCCGGAUAAUGUCACUGAAAGAAAAAAAAGAAGUUUGGCAGCUACUUUAAAUUAUUUGACUUCCUCUUAUGAAUUUUAUCAAGGCUUGUUUUCUAUUUUUAACUCUUUCGCCGAUGAAAAAUGCACUAAUGAAAAUUUCAACCGCCACAUUAGUAUUUAUAAUUCAAAUAAGAACCAGACCGUUAAAGAUACCGACGAAGUAGCUUCAUCUUCUCAGUCAACAAUGCUUAGUUCACCUUAUACAGAAGGAUUUUUUGAGCAAAAUGCAUUAGGAUUACUUCCAAGCACUCUACCCAAUGCUUUACCUUCUUUAGCAAACAACCUACAUGUUGAAUCAUCUUAUCCAGGAACUCUUCAUUUUUUAGAUGAAAAUGGAAUCAAACAACCAGAAUUCGAUUCUUCUCCCAUACUUCCAGCUUUUCCAUCGCUUGGUGCUGCAGACCCUUGUCUAGCUCCAGUUGAUAAACCUGAGUUUUCUCAGUUUCCCACUCAGUCUUUUCCACAAUUUGAAAACCCUUUUGAAUGGGAUCCUACAGCUGCUCAGGUUUCACAAACUAUUGUUAAUCAGCCUACAUUAACAACAACUUUUGAAUCUCUAGAGAACAUGCCUAAUUUUUUUGAAAUUGAAACUCAAUCCACCGGUCAGAGUCAAUUACCUUUGCAACUAGAAAAAAGAAAACGUGAGAGUUGGGGCAAUGGAAUGACACCAAACAUUAGCAAAACUGCACGUGUGGCCAAUCAAACAGAAGUAACUACAGAGGAAAUCCAAGUUGAUAACUCCAAUUUGAUUUCAGAUAUUGAUCAAUAUACAUCAAUUUUGAAUUCAUUUUUUUUAAAUGACAACGUCGGUGCAGAACUUGGCCAUUAUAAUCAAGGUUUAAUUCCUCCUUUAGAAGGUUUACUUGAUAAUUUACCCAUUGAAAAUUCAAACAACUCUCAAUUAGAUUUUGGAUCUCAAGAGUAA